AUGGUGCGCUCGGGAAAGCACGGCGAAGAUCCGGCGCCAGGGCCUCUUUUCACAGCUCUCUUCCCGCCUAACGUCAUCGGGGGGCAGCCGUCCGUCGCCUUGCUCUUUUCCGUCUCUGCUCUCGCCACAUCUUUCUUCCGCUCGUUCCGGCGUACCCAGGAGGGGAACGUCCGCGUCAUACCGUCUGCAGCGAAGCUGCGACAUGUGCGGCAGCCACGAUCUGCUCUCGGUGGCGGGCUCUGCUGCUCCAUCCUGUCUGCCGUUCGCCGGACCGUCUCCGUCGUGCUCGCCUUCUUUCACCAGAGGCGCGUCGUCGUUCUCCUCGUCACCUUCCGCAUCGGCGCUCUCAAUGCCGGCUUCUUUCCUGGCGUGGAGCGAGCCUCGCCGCUCAAAAACUGUCCCCACGACCUCCCCCCCGCGUCGCCGUGCCCCUCCGCACCUCGGAGACUGCAUGCGUCUUCAGUUUUCACCCUCCCUUUCUUGCGACUUUCUUCGCGCCUGCUGUCGAACCAUGAGGCCCGCGGAGGCGCGCAGGACGACGCGGCCGGAGAAGGACGCCAGGGGGAGCAGAGCUGCACUUUGCGUGUCACCCGGGAGCAGUUCCAUGAUGGGUCGCGAGGCCUCUUUCGUCCCCAUCCCUUCAACCGUCGAUUCGCGCGCGUUCGCAAGCCUGUCUUCCCCAUUGAAGCCCGAAAUCUGAGGCUCAUGUACAAGCGCAAGCCCAAGCGCCGCCGGGGUCGAGGAGACAAGAGCAACGCGAAAGGCAUCCGGUGGAAGCACGUUCACCAGCAGGCGGGCCGCUACAAGGGGCCGCGGAGCCGAACUUUUGAAGGCGGGAAAAACCCGCUCUACAAGCGCAUUCCCAAAUGGCCAGAUGCCUGGCUCGCGCGGCAGCGCAGGGUGCUCGAGCCUCUCAAUCUGGCGAAAAUCCGCACAUUCAUCGAAAGCGGUCGCCUCGACACACGGUUCACAAUCACUCAGCGUCAUCUCCACGACAGCAGAUGCGUCAAGGUGAAGAACGGCGUCAAGCUGUUCAAUGUGAAUGACUACCCCUUCCCGUACAAAAUCAGCAUCGAAGUCGCAGGAGCCGACCAGUCAUCGAUUGAUGCUAUUCGGCGAGUGGGAGGCGAGGUGAUUAUCGUCUACCGCAAUCGCCUCAACCUGCGGGCCCACAUCAAGCCCUACAAAUUCGAAGUCCUUCCGCGGACUGCGCGACCGAAUCUCGAAAUGCUUCACUACCUUGAGAAGAUGAGAGCGCGGGGCUGCGUAGUCAAGUACGUGAAGCCGCAGUGGCUCAUUGACGAGGAACGCAGCCUCAAGACGGAGCUGGCCGAAUUCGAGGCUGAGGCGCUCAUCGCCAAAGGGGAAGCAGUUGACCGGAGUGCGCCCGAUCUCCGCGAGAGCGUGGACGACCUUCAGGAGCGGUUGCUCAAGCGCUUCCGCUUGCGUGAGACUCUGGCUGCGGAGUUGACUCGCCAGCAAGAAGCUGAGGAGGCGGAGCGAAAAGCGAAGCAGAACGACGGCGAGCGAGCAGACUGA